GACGACUCGGAGCGUAGCAGGAAACGUGGCGAGAAAAUAAUUCAUACCAGUCAUGUACAGUCUGAAUAAGGAAAUAUCUCAUAUUAUAAGGCUGUGGGCGGUCUGUUUGUCUCUUUAUUUUGAUCAUGGAUUCGCCGGUAAAAUGAAGAUAGUUGAAGAACCAAACACAUUUGGUUUGAACAAUCCUUUUUUGGCCCAAGGGAACAGACUGCAGCCUAAAGUAAACCCGUCAUCAGUAUCGGGCCCAGAGCAUCUUCAUCAUCUUGCUGGAAAGUGCUUCAGCCUUACAGAGUCAACGUAUAAAUAUGAAUUCUGCCCAUUCCACAACAUUACUCAACAUGAGCUGUCCUUUAGGUGGAAUGCCUACAGUGGGAUAUUGGGGAUCUGGCAGGAGUGGGAAAUAAAAAACAACACUUUCUCCGGCAUGUGGAUGAGAGAUGGUGAUGCUUGUGGAACCAGAAACAGAGAAACAAAGGUGAUUCUGGUCUGCAGCAAUAGCAGCAAGCUGGCUCAAGUGUCAGAGCCCAGUACCUGCAUGUACUCUUUAACUUUUGAGACACCACUCGUUUGCCACCCACAUUCUCUGCUCGUGUACCCCACCCUGAAUGAGAAGCUACAAAAAGAGUGGGAUGAUGCGGAACAGGCUCUUUAUGAAGGUCUUAUUACAGAACAGGGAUACAACAAUCUCCUGAGGGAUAUUUUUGAGGACGCUGGAUUCCUGAAGAGCCACAAAAUGGAAGUUAAUCUACCAGACAAGCCAGUAAAUUCAGAAAAGCAUGACUCCUUAAAGAAAUGUGAAGAGGAUUCUAAAAAACAGAAGGAAGAGAUUGCAAGGCUGCAUGCUCUCCUCUCUCAACAUAAUAUUCCUUAUGAUUCCCAACCAACAGACGACAAAAAAGGUACACAGAGUGUGGUAACUCGGGAUCAACACUUGAGAGGAGACACUGGCCUUUUAGAUCUGCAGUGAAACAUCAGAGUCUGCAGGUUUUGCAACACAGCCACUAAAGCUGAUGGAUCUGCAGCUCAAUUCAUCAACUUCCAAAAAGAGUUUUUUUUUUUCUUCAUCAAGAGUUGUAAACUGUUUUUUGUUUUUUUUAAAGUGCUUCGACAGCCAGUUGGUUGCUAAUGCUGCUACACGUAAGAAUGCAACAAUUUGGAAGAAAAUAAAUUAUUUUGAAAAAGGAAAAAUUAGUUCAUGGUGGUCAUGUCUUCACUUGUCUUUGGCACUUCUCUUAAAAAAUAAGAGCUUAAUCCUCAAAUCCAUACAAAAAGACUUUGGUGGUUUUCAAUGGUUUACUGAAAAGUAUACUCAUCUCACAAAUGGAUUCUGGGGCAGAUGCUAAAUGCAUUGUAAAUGUAAAUUAUUGAAUACUGUAGUGUAUUUAUACUUUUUUUUUUUUAAAUGCUAAGGCCUUGUUUCAAAUUGUGUACCGUCAUGUUGCUGUUAGUUUUUUUUCUUUUUCACACCUUGGAACCUCAUGAACCUGCUCACCAGAAACCGCAGUAGUAGUUUAAUGAGGAGUUUUUCAGGUGAAAA